UAAAUUUUAUUACUGUCACACCGUCUGACUCUUACAACAUCAGUAACAAAUAGCUUACCUAGACCAAGGGGACGUUGGCAGCGUUCUCGCUCUUCCCUAGUCAAUUGCUCCACGCCUUCGGUUUUAUUUCAAAUGGUCGCAGAUGUCACCAGAUUCCCACAAUUUGUCUUCCUUUGCACGUUCUUGACCGUGUCUUCAAGGGCUCAUAGCAGCUGGUCUUACUAAUCGAUCUCUUUUCACAUCAGAAGAUCGACAAGUUAUCGUGUGCGCAGUCAGUGAGGGGCAGAAAGAUUUCACUUGAAGUAGCAGAGGGGGAGGAGGAGGAGGAAAUAAAUUUGGCGGCGGUGGCGGAGGAAGCGGAGAAGUAGGAGGAGAAGAAUAAAUACCCGAGAAAAAGAAGAGCGUAAGUAGAUGGCUUGGUCUAUGUCUCAAAAACUUACAAUUGCCUAUGCAGGCUUGCUUGGAGUGGGUGGACUUAUGGGCUAUGUGAAAAGUGGGAGCUCUAUGUCACUUAUAUCAGGUGGAUUGUCAGCAUCAGUGCUUUGCUAUGUACAUACUCAACUUCCUACAAACCCAACAUUUGCUUCGUCAGUUGGGCUUGGGAUCUCAGCUGUUCUUUUGUUUGCAAUGGGAGCACGUUUUAAGAAAUCUGGAAAGAUUUUUCCUGCAGGUGUGGUAUCUGUGGUCUCUUUGGUCAUGGCUGGUGGUUACCUUCAUGGUAUUCUACGCAGUUCCCAUGCAUAGAGUAGUUACAAAGACUUUUUAAAAUGAAUGCUAUGCUGCUUCUUUUGAGAUUUUGAUCAUAAGUAACACUAUGUUUUGUCUUUUGUAUGCUUGGCUCUCCCAAAUUCUUUCUCAAGCAUGCUUUUGAACCUUACAUGUAGUGGAGUGGGGUCCAAACAUAUGGAAGGAUUGAGGUUCCAAUAUUCAGUGCUUGCUGCCUAUAUAAACUGUCUUUUUCAGAAAUCAUUAGUUUUGAUUUCUAAUGUCUUGAGUUUUCUUAGGUUGCUUCUUGAUGUACUCAAAUGAAUGUGUUACUUUUAGUGGUAAUUUUCUUUCUUAUUUCAAGCUGA